GCGUUUGACGUGGCUGGAGAGCAAUCGACGUGGAUGAUUUCGUUGCAAACAACAAACCCCGAACCAUUUGCAAGCUCGCCGGGAUCAGCGCUGUUUCAGUACAUUACUAGUUUUCCUGUCGUACGUAGCAAACAAAUACACCGUCAUCAUGGUAAAGUUCGUUUUAGCAUCGGCCGUGUUGUGCUGCGCAUUAAGUUACGCUGUCGCUAGCACCUGCUCAAACCCGGAGGUGAAAUCUAACUUCUACUCCACCACGGAUGCCACGAUCGUUAGCCAGAUUGGUUUUGUAACGGAAUUCACGCUCAAGUGCUCAAACGCCGGAGCAGAAAAGCUGCCCCUGUUCGCCGAAGUACUUGGCAAGUUGGCUCCUGUUGUACGCAUCGAUGAAAACAAGUAUCAGGUCAGCUGGAAUGAGGAAAUUAAAAAGGUCAGCAGUGGAUCGUACGCAGUGCGUCUGUUCGAUGAAGAGUCCUAUGCGGCUGUACGCAAAGCCCAGCGUGCCGGCGAAGACAUCCAGACGGUGAAACCACUCACGACCGUUACCGUAAAUUUCUCCGGCGCAUACAAGGGACCAUGGGUUAACUCGGAAAUUCUCGCUACCGUGCUGGUCUUCUUCGUCGCAUACGUUGCAUUCACGACACGGUCUAAGCUUAUGGCGUAAGGCGUACCACCAUCACACCGUUCGUUCGCAUUUUGUUCCGGUGCCACCGGUCAUCGGAUCUGCCGUACGCUUUUCUUUCAUCCAGGUUCAUUUGCUUCGUACAAUUUCAUCCGCACACAAGUCAGAGAUGUGACUCCCUUGCUCGUUAACGAAUCAGUUGGCACAUGUUUUAAAUGUGGAAAAAGCACCGCAAACAAUCACGCACCGCCGCCGUCAUUCUCGAGAGCAACUCUCACCGGAACGGGAGGGUAAAGGGAGGGAACUGAUACGAAUCGGUGCAACAGCCACGUUCACACUAGCAUUCAUUUCUAGAGACUGAACCAUGAUUACCUACAGUGAAUAAAAGAAAACCAUUUGUGCGGCUGUCGCACCUGAAGAUCGUA